AUGGAAAUAAAACUAUGUCUACUAUUAAUAUUUUUCCUUGCAAUAAACGAUCAUGUUUAUGGAAAAAAUAUUAAUAAAACCAAAUCCAUAAAGCUUAUCCACAAUAAUACCAAACAAAAAGAUAGCAAAUCUCGGACAAAAAGAUCAUUAAAUGAAGAUAUUGAUAAACUGUUUAUAUCUAGUAAGGAUUUAACCCAGCAUGACCACAUCGUAGAAGAAAGGGGCAGAGUAGUAAAGUUACAACCGAUUGCUGAUAAAGAACUUCCAUUUUGGGGUGCGCGAGGACGGAGAGACUCUUCUGAAGAAACCGUUCCUAAUGUACAAUUACCAACAUACAAUCAUCAUAAAUAUUUGGAGAAAAUUGACUUAUAUAAAUCAUUAUUAAAUUAUCAAAAUAAAUUGCGAAGGGAUGAAGGGGAUUCUCCCUUUUGGGGUAAUCGAGGAAGACGUGACUCUGGUGAAUUAGAUGAAAAUGAUGUUAGUCUGUUUUGGGCGAACAGAGGAAGGAGACAAGAUGAAGAACCGUUUUGGGGAACAAGAGGCCGUCGAGAAGAACUUCCUCCAUUUUGGGGGAACAGAGGGAGACGUGAUGACGAUGAACCUUUUUGGGGUAACCGAGGGAGACGCCAAGAGCAAGAGCCUUUCUGGGGCAAUAGAGGCAGACGAGAAAAUUCAAUUAUUGGAAAUAAUGGCGAAAAAAACAAAGUAAAAACUAUUUAUAUAAAUGAAGUAGACGAACCUUAUGGCAAAUAUCAAGAUAAAUAUAAAAUAAAGCUAAAAAAUUCUAUUAUUGAAACUGUAGAUGAUAUACAAAGUAAAAUUGAGAAUUUCUCUAGGAACAGACGGCAAGAAGCACAAUUUUGGACAAAUAGAGGAAGAGACAGUAAGCUUCAAUCGUUAUUUAAUGGAAAAAUAAGAAAUCGAUUGCAUCAUAUUUUAAAUGAUCAAAUAAAAGGAGACAAUUAUGAGUUACGUUCUAAAUAUUUUGAACCAAACACAGUCCAUGAUUCUAGAAUUUAUGCUGAAGAGCCUCGUUAUAUUUUAGUUGAACGCAGUAGUCGUUCUUCGGCAGAGGAAGAUCCAUUUUUUAUUUCAAGAGGCAAAAAAUAUAACGAAUAUGAUUUAGAUAAUGGAACCCGAGGGAGACGAGGGUCGUUAGAAGAAUUAGUGAAGUCUGUAAGGAAUGAUCCAUAUUACAUAGCUAGAGGUAAAAAGGACGCAUCUAUUAAAACUGAUAAUUCUACAACAAACGACGACCACCUUUACAAAACUAAAGAGCUAGUUUGUUCAACAGUUAAUUUGUUAAUGAAAAAAAUUCAAGGAAAUAAAGUUAAGCGAGAUAUAAAUGAUCCAGAACGAAAUAGAAGAACGAUUUUGAAGAAAUUAGCGUUACAGCUGCAAAUGGAUCCAUAUUUCGUGAGUAGAGGCAAGAAAAAUGAUGAAUCAAAAGAAAAGUUAAAUGUACAAGAUUUUAUUAGUAAAAUUUUGGUAAUGUGCGAU